UUCAAUGCUUUUGUGUCCGUCUGAAGGGCAAGGAAUAGUUCUGCGCAUGCUUGUUUCCACGGCAACAGUUUAGCAAACGAAACGUUCCUUGACAAUGAACGGCUCAUCUUUCGAUGUUUAUAGCAGGUAAAAAAAAUCCUUAAAUCUGAAGCAAAUCAAUGGAUUUGUGUACGAGGUAAUGUUUUGAUGCUGUAGCAACGUUUUACAUUAUUUCGGCGUUUACAUUACAGCGUAAGUUACACAGCUGAUUUGGAAAGUCAGUCAACAACCGAGUGAACUAACGCUCAGUAACGUCGCUAGCUAAAUUAAAAUGUGUUUUCACCACUCCUUAAUGUUGAUUCUGUGAUAUUAAGCCCUGAAGUCGAUCGUCUCAGAAGUCAGAACAACAACGCCAUCACGAGCAGAACGGGCCUGAGGCGCUGGAACAGACAAAAGUCAGAUUCAACAUGAACAAUGACUAGUCCAAGGAAUAAUGUGCCCGCUUUACCGCUAAUGUGGGACUCCUUAGAGUCCGAUACUGAGAGUUUGGUGCAAGAGGAGUACCAGCGAGAGCCCCAGAUGCGAAUUGACCUCAUCUCUGCCGUUAAACCCAAACAACAUGAUAAGACUAACAUUGAGGAACCAGAGAAUCUUGAUGUUUAUGAUAGUCUGGAUCUGAAACCAAGACAAGUGAAAGGACAACAUGACCCUCUGAGGGAAUCUCCCCCUGAGGAUCAAUACGCCGACUUGCGCUACGACCCAAACUGGAGGAAGAAUUUGGAAGGGGCUUAUUUUCUCAACCAGCUAGAUGCAAGACUUUCUCUCGACUCGUUUGAGGAGUCUGAAGACAGUCUUGAACCCUUGGAGAAUGUGCCUCUAGGUUGCAGGCAAGAAUAUGUCGUUGUCAGUAAUCCACCCACAGCUCAGACGGACAGUGCUUUAUCCCCACCACCUUCAUCGCCUUUCCACCUGCACCCACAACAGGAAGACAUUAUCGAUCCCCCCGAAUCAAAAAGUUCUUGCAUGUCCUCUGAAGGCACACCACAGGAUAAUGUAAAGCAUCUGAAUGUCAAAUCAGUUCCUCUCCAGAAGAGAAGCUCUCGACAUCCUUCUAAUCCAAGGCCAGUGAGAGCUAGGGAAGACAUUGUGGAACGUAAUAAAGCAACGCUUGGUAUCAACACACAUAAGCAGGGGUCUUACCUAAAAGCUCGUCAGCAGAAAGAUAAGACAGAUGAAACAAAGCAACCCAGGCAAACCUCCUACGAGACUAUCAGCACUCAUAGCCCGGAGAGUCAAGACAAUGUCUGGGAUCCCGAGCUGAUGUGGCUCCAAAAAACACAAAAACUGAAGCUGAGCCAUAAAGAAAAGAAGGAACCGAAGUGGAGGGAGCGAUCCAGCAACCACCCAGAUCAGCUCAAGCCUCCUGAAUCCAAACCCAGAGCGCACCUUAAACCCCUUACAGAGAGACACGUCAUCAGCGCUGAUCACCUGCCACAGGACUCUGAGGAAGCUUACACCCAUGACCCACCACAACAGUCUGGACUUCCAUCUCACACUCAUGCUCCACCGACCGUCAACCUUAACAUAAACUUCCACACAUCUGCCAACAACACACAGACACUGAAUAUUUCCCAGAAAGAGACCGUUUUUACUCUUGUUUCACAAGCUCUGCAAUGGGAUAGGACUAAUCUGUUUAACCCAACCAUUUUGCAACAAGCCCCCAAGUCUGAAGUGGUACAAGCUGUGGACAGAAGUGUUCCUCAGAGGCAUGCUGGGAAACCUACUCCAAAUACGUUUGAGAAGGCAUCAUUCAAGAAUCACAACAGAUGCAGGAUACCAGUGCUAAAAUUGCCCACGUCUUCUCAAGUGGAGGCCAGCCACUAUCCACCUGAGCUUUUUCCCAUUGAUGAGGAGAGCGUGGAACCCUGUGCGCACCCAACACAAAUCUCUGGUCCUUACACAGUGCUGCCCCCUAUAGCCCGAGCUAAUGGCAGCGACACUGAACUCUGCUCAGAUAGAUCAGAGCAGCAGUUGAAUCCAAUCCACAGAAGCAGCUCAGAAGGUUACCUUUCACAGAUGGAAAAACACAGACAGCUGAAGGCAAAUUCAAAUUAUAAGGCUUAUACACUGAAGGACUACAAAAACAUGAAACAGGAGGUGAAGCUUGGAGGUCUUGGACCAACAAACACAAUACCAGAAGCUGUGGCAGAGAAAAUUAGACGACAGAAGCUGUAUUCAAAUGUGAUCCACGAACAGAACAAGAAGAUAAGUAGGAUUCCCUCUCUGUCGGCCAAGGACCCAGUGGGCAGUGACAAUAAGGACACCGUUCCCAGGAGGAAGGCUUUAGAAUAUGCCAAAAAUAUUGCAAAGCCCAAACCCCCUCUAAAGCCAAAGGAUAGACCCAGAGAGCAGAACGUGAGCACGCGGCCUCAAUAUCCGCAGGAAAUGGACCCAUUCAAUUUGGCCACUCUGGAGAUGUUGAGACGGCACGAGGAAGAGAAAUGUGCCGUGGCUUGCUUCAGAACCAUUCAUGCCAUUUAAUCUAGAGCCUUUAUUCACUAAAAAGCAACAUGUACAUGAGUUAUAUCAAUUGCACUUCUAUAGAAUCCCUAUUUUUCCUUGCUUUAACUUUGUGUGUUGAUUUUGUGUGUACUGUAUGUGUAAUACUAAUCUUGCUCAGUUGCAAAGCACUGGAAGUGGAACAGGUGUUUAGCACAUAAUCCACUGCAUACUCAUUUUAAAAACAAUUUUUCAAUAUAAAGAAAUCUCGAAUGAAAUGCUGUGGGGUUUUGUUUGCAUUAUCCUGCUAUUUUCACCUUGUUUCAAUAGGUCUGUGCACAAGAGCACCAAUCUCUUCAAGCACACCUGGAUGCACCGUUAACCCAGUGUAACAUGCCGUUUUCUGUCAGUUCCCAGCUAUUAGUCUGAUUAUAUCCACUUUCGCCUGCCCUUUUCUUUCACCGAGAGAAAAAAAUAGGUCAAAUAAGGAUGACACUUUGAAGCCUCCCUUAUUAGAGCCCACAAACUUGUUUUCUGUAUUUUAAAGUGAUAAUUUUCCCCCUAAAACAAGCUCAAGCACCUAUUUCUUUAAUGGAAGCUUUAGAUCGUUAUCAAAGAGCUAUUUACUCCUAUGUAAUAUUUUAAUUAGAUUAUAGCC